CAUGGGAAAAACUAAGAACAACCGGUUUAAACGGCCGAAGUUCACACCGGAUGGACUUUCAGCAGCUGCUGUUAAGCAUGUGGUAGAAGAGGAGGAGGAGGUGGGGGAUGUGAACGAAUCUCCACAUGCUGAACUGCUCGACAAGUUGCAGAGUCCCUGUGCAGACGUGCGAGAGUACGCAUGUGCCAGCAUUUCGCGGGUGGUGCAGCAAAGCCAGACUAUACCAAGUUUUCUGCAGAGAGACAUAGUGAGGAGGUUAGGACCACUUCUGCUGGACAAGAGCCUGGCCGUCAGAGAGUCUGCUACUGGUGCUCUCAGGAACCUGAGUGCGUGCGGAGGAGCGGAGGUGUGUGAGGCCAUGGUGCGACAGGACGUCCUCACUCCUCUCACUGCUCUACUAAAGGAGUGUUGUGUUGGGUUCCAGCUGAAUUCUAACCAGGAGAAGAAGGAACAGAAGCCCACAGUAGAAGACGUAGCAAAUGAAGCUGUGAACUUACUCUGGAACCUCUGUGAGAACAGCAGUACUGCAGUGACGGUGUUUAACAGAGACAGACUUUUGGAUGCUCUGCUGCCGUGUCUUGAAAGACAUCAAUACAACAUCCAGCUCGCAGUAUCAGCAGCCCACUGCCUGCACACAGUCACCGAGGAUAACUCAGACCUGACAGGAAGUGUAAACGGGGCGGUUUUGGAAGCUCUGGAAAACCUCUUGCUUUCCACACACGCCGGCAUGGGGCACGUUCUGCUGCGCACGCUGGCUGCAGGAUCAGUGUGGAACCUAAAAAGCUGCCUCUCCUCCACACAUCAGGCCGAAGCGAUCUCGGCCGUGGUAAAAACUCUGGCCCACAGUCUCGACCUAGACGCAGGAGCACUGAUCCCAGAUCUGUGGCAAACCCAGUCGAAUCGUCUAGCCGGUGCCGGAGGGCAACCGAAUCCGGCCGGUAUGGAGGAGCAGCGGGUGGAGGGUGCUGUGGAGGCAGAGGAGGAGAUGGAGGAGGGAGAUGGGGAAGGAAAGAUGAAGAAGGGAAAGAGGAACGGGAAGAGGGUGAAAAACGACGUUGCUGAAUUUCUGCCUAGGGAUAAACAGGAGUUGCAGGAGGCUGUGGAACUGCUUACAGCGCAGCGAACGUCACUGGAGAUCGUCGUCAACAUGUGCUGCUCAGAUGAACCCUCAGAUGAUGAGUGGGAGGAGAUGUCGAGCAGUGACGAGAGUGAGACAGGUGCUGAUGCUGGAGCAGAAAGCAAUUCCAGCUUGUUCUCGCCUCUCUGUCUUUCUGCAGAGCUUCACACAGUGCUGCUGAACUACAAUAUACCUCAGCUGGUUCUCAAGAAGGCAGAGUUUCCUAGCCAAUCUUCACUAGAGAUUUGCAGCAAAGACUCAGCAUGGAAAUGCCUCAUUAAAAAAAUGCAGCGUGUACAGAGUCGGGCGCUGACCUGUCUGCACAACAUGCUGGCUGUGAUGGAUGUGGAGUGUUUGGGUGGAGCAGCAGGGUUACAGGUCGUGGCUCAGCACCUCUCCUCUCUCAUCUUCAGCUCAGCAGAAGUGUUGAAGGAAGAAGAGUUCCUAGAGGCUGUGACCAGUGCCAUGCGCUCUCUGCUCCAAAUAAUGGCUUCCAAAAACAUCCCUCAGUGUAUGAGCCCUGAGCAGCUGAUGAGGGUUUGUGAGGCAGCAAUGCAGUGUGACGUGUUGAGUGUGAGAGUGAACGCUCUGGCCAUCCUGGGCAUCACAGGAAGUACGCUGGCCAAAGAGAAGGGCAGCGCUGAUACACUACAGCUGAUAGGCACCGCUCUGCUGAACGUAGCAUCUAAAGACUCAAACCUGGUGGCGUGCGGAGAGGCGCUGGACGCUCUGUUUGACGUUUUCGCCGACGGCGAGGAGGCUGAAAGAGCGGCACAAAACAUCAACCUGCUUGGAGUUUUAAAGACCCUCCAGCCUGCCUUUUCUGCCAAGAUCCGGAAAGAAGGUCGGGGGAGGUACAGUCCAGAUCAGCUGUGCGUCCUGGACAACGUCAGAACAAACCUGCGCAGGUUCAUCGGCUACCUGGAGUCCCUGCGGAAAAAAUAGAACACAGAACAAAAACAAGACACACGGAUGUAGAGAUUUAGGUUUGGAGUUAAAGCUCCAGUCAGGAAUCAGUGAAACUACAAAGCUAGUCUUUGUAUUUGCAGCAGCACUACAGUGAUCACCAGUACUGACCAUUGGGGGCAGUUCUUUCAAAUACCAGUACAAUAUGAUCAAAUUUGUAGUGGUCCUGCAAUUAAUAAAGCAAUAUAAUGGGUCAGGAGUUCAAAAAUAUUGAUAUAAGUGCAUUAUUACACCUACUGACCACUUUAUUAGGAACAGCCGGACACCUGCUUGUUCAUGUGACUAUGUAAUCAGCCAUAAGUGCAAUGCAUGAAACAUCAUUUUAAUGCCCCACAACCAUGUUUACCCCUGUAUGCCACAAUGUACCAUCUCAUGUACCAAACAGGGACUUCCAGCAUGAUAAUGAACCAAGUCAAAGCACAAGUUAUCUCAUACUGGUUCCACAAACAUGGCAGUAAGUUCAGUGUCCUUCCAAACAAACACCUUUGGGAUCUGUAGAACAGGAGAUGUGCAGCGUGAACGUGUAGCUGACUUCUCUCCAUAAAAACAAAGGCAGGCCUACUCAGUAUAGGUGUGGUGUUCCUAAAAAAGUGACCAGUGGUGGUUUGUACUAUAAUAUAUGAUGUUAACUAGACUGGAAGGUAAGUUUAAGAUGAACGCCUGGUUCAAAACUUGUAAUUUUGAAACCCAGGUCUCUGUUUCAGUUUCUUUAGAUUCAGCUCAGGAAGCUGCAGUGGCUGGUUUAGUGUGUUCUCCUUCUCAGAUCUAGUUUUCCCAGAUUACCGUUGUGCAGUAGUACAGACUCAGCUAUUAUAUCUUUUCAGUUCUGAUUAUAACUUCAGUCCCUCAUCUAAUACGUGACUGUUUUGGCUAUUCCUGAUUGGGUUUUGGGAACAAACCCAGAGAUUUUUGUAACCCGGCAUGUGACCAGAUGGGAACAUUUUCCUCUUGAUCAGGUGAGGGGGAUUUCUCCCUUUACAUUUGGAUGUUUUGUGUUAUAGAAAUGCUAUAUUUAAUAGGAAUAUUUAAGUUUCUGAGUUUUAAAAGCCCUUGAUCUACCUUUCCAUAAUACAGUGCUUAAAAAAUACUCAUUCUUCACUCUCGUUUCACAUAAAUAAAAGUCACAACCUGGAGAAUUUAUCUGACUAGGAAUAAAAUCUUUUAUUUUACUUAUACUAAUUUCUUAGUAAAGAACCAUUCAAAAAGAAAACUAUAGAUAAAAAUUGCAAUUUAUUUACUUACUGUUAUUAUUUGGUUCAUUUUGAGUAAGUCUCUGUUAGUGUUGCUUCUCGUUGUCUUGCUGACUGAAGCUUCCUAACUAGUUUUAGUUUUGUGUUUUUAUGCACUUAAUUUUCUCACAGAUUCUGACCAGAAUGGAAGUUGCUGCUGCUAAAAAUAAUGUCCCCAUUACCACAUCCUCCUCCUUCAUUUAGAGCUACCUGAGUAAUGUAUUUUGUUAGAUUGAAACCUUACGUACCCCUUACGUACUUCCACUUCUGUUUCAUAAGACCGGCUGUUUUUUCAGGUUGAAUCCUGUUUUAUGUCUGCUUAUCAUUUUGAUUUGUGUAAACAAUAUUUACCAUACCUGUAGACCUCAGAAAGAGAUGAUGCAGACAGUUGAUGCACAUUUUUUUACACAGAUGUUGACAAUCAAUCAAAAUGUUAUCAAGGUAAUGUGUAAAGUGAUUGCCAGCCAUACAAAGCUAGUCAUACUAUGGAAUAUCAAUAUUGUAAGUACAUUAUAUUAUACAGUACACGCAGUUUAUCUCAAUCAUGUGAAGAAAGUAUUUUAUUUGGGACACUGAAAUAUAUACAGUUUAUGGUUUGGAUAUACUGUAUUUUAGGGCACUGUAUUUAGGAAGAUUUAGAUCGGUUGUUUUUCUGAUUUGGUCCUAAUUUCUGAAACAUUAUUUUAAUUAUAAAUAAUUAUGAAUCAUGUUCUCAUCUAGUAGCAUUUGGAUAUGCAGUGAGGCAGUAUUGUAUUUAUUUUACUUUUUAUUUUAAAUAACUCCAGUGCAUAUUUUCAUUUGACAUUUACCCACAAAAGGUAUGCAUUCAUAAGUAUAAAUAAAUGUUUUACAAUUAAGUUACGGUGGGGUUAGAUGCCACAAUUUACCUAAAAUAGUACUUUGUUAUAAAGACGUGGUUGUUAAAGCUACAAUUUUAUCUAAUUAUUUUGGAAAUUUAGGAAGGAUUUGGAAAGGAAGUCCUGCAGGUAUCUUUACUGUCUUUUGUGUUGAAAGCAGUCUUGUUAUUUUGAUUUAAUGUUUGGGUUUUAUUGUUUGUGUUUACGCCUGCUGAAACUUUUAUUUUCUAAUAAAACUGAAUAACUGCUUGAACUGA